UCAUCCGCGCUCUCUCCUCCAGCGGAACGUUGGCCAGCCGCCCCCUCUCUCCUUUUCCACGCUGCUUUCGCGACGCGGAGCCACAAAGCUGUCGGCGCACGGCAGUGGCAACUCGCCGCUUCAGGGUGAAGAUGUUCGGCAGUCUGUGCGCUCGUAAGUUGGCUCGCCGUUCACGGUCAGCGUUAAUAGCCGCUUUGACAGUGCUGCUGGUCCAAACGCUCAUCGUGUGGAACUUCAGCAAUCUGGACACGGGUGAAGACAGAAAAGACAACGCCAGAGAGAAGAGGGACCGAAUCGGCAUCAACAAAGCCUACAGCGAGUACCCGAAGAGCGGCUCCCAGAGGAGGCAUCACCAGCCGCCGCUGGGCAAAGCGUCUAUUCGACAUAAACAGCAACCGGAUGGCUAUCACUCUCACCGGCCCAAGGAGAAAGUCCGUGUGGACAGCAACAACGAGAAUUCAGUUCCUAAAGACUUUGAAAAUAUAGACAACAGCAACUUUGGGGCGCGUUCCCAGACGCAGAGACACGUGCCCGGCAAGCACAAACAAGGCCUGCUUGAGAAAGCCCAUGCCGAGCAAAGAAAACACUCUAAUGAGGUAAUUCAGUAUGCACAUAAAAAGGCGGGCCACAAUCAGACACGGACAGGUCUUCAUCGGAAAGCCAAUCCCACCCUCCGGCCGGAACAAUCCCAGCAGCACCGGCACCACCUGCAGCAGGCUAAGAGAUCAGCCCCGCCCACCGUGGACAUCAAGUACGACCAGCCGCCCAAAUGCGAGAUCAGCGGCAAGGAGGCAAUCUCCGCCCUUUCCCGUGCCAAGACCAAGGAGUGCCGGCAGCAGAUAGCUGAGGUUUAUUGCCGCCACAAAGAACGACAACUCAUGCCUGAGAAGGUCACCCGUUAUUGCCCCUUAGAGGGCAAAGUAAAUAUGAAUGUGCAGUGGGAAGAAGACUCUAUGGAAACUGUUCCAGCAGUACCAGUGCGGAUAGCCUUCAUAUUAGUGGUGCAUGGACGGGCCUCUCGCCAAGUGCAGCGGCUAUUCAAGGCCAUAUACCACACGUCCCAUUUCUAUUACAUCCAUGUGGACCAGCGAUCCAACUACCUGCACAGGCAGAUGGUGGCUCUGGCCGACCAGUACCCCAACGUCCGGGUCACACCAUGGCGCAUGUCUACGAUAUGGGGUGGGGCCAGCCUUCUCACCAUGUACCUGCAGUGCAUGAAGGACCUCUUGGCCAUGCGAGAUUGGCCGUGGGAUUUUUUCAUCAACCUCAGCGCUGCCGAUUACCCAAUCAGGACCAAUGAUCAGCUGGUGGCCUUCCUGUCCAAAUACAGAGAUAUGAAUUUCAUCAAGUCUCACGGGAGAGACAACGCUCGAUUCAUCAGAAAACAGGGUUUGGAUCGGCUUUUCUUCGAGUGUGACACCCAUAUGUGGCGGCUUGGAGACAGGAAAAUUCCAGAAGGCAUUUCCGUGGAUGGGGGAUCUGAUUGGUUUCUGCUCAACCGAAUGUUCGUGGAGUAUGUCAUCAACUCUCAAGACGAUUUGGUGACCAACAUGAAGCGUUUCUAUACGUACACGCUCUUACCUGCAGAGUCAUUUUUCCACACGGUUCUGGAGAACAGUCCGCAUUGCGAGAGCAUGGUGGAUAACAACCUGCGAAUCACGAACUGGAAUCGAAAGCUGGGCUGCAAGUGUCAAUACAAGCACAUCGUGGACUGGUGCGGCUGCUCCCCCAAUGACUUCAAGCCCUCUGAUCUUCCUCGUUUCCAGCAAACCACCAGGCCUACGUUCUUUGCGAGGAAGUUUGAAGCCAGCGUGAAUCAAGAGAUCGUGAACCAGCUGGAUGUCUUCUUGUUUGGGAGUAUGCCCCAGGGCACGCCGGGUUUCAAAGCCUACUGGGAAAAUGUUUUUGAAGAACCUGAUGGUAUUCACAGCCUGUCUGAUAAGCAGCUCACACACUACCACGCCUUCGCCCGAUUGGGCCUGGCACGAACUGCCAGCUCAUUACAGGGAGACCCCAGUGACACCAGCUGCAGGUAUUUCGCUAUGGGCCAUCCUGUGUCUGUCCACCUCUACUUCCUGUCUGAUGAGUUCCAGGGAUACUUGGUCAGGCAUCAUGCCACCAACCUGGCAACCAGCAAACUGGAAACCCUGGAGACGUGGGUCAUGCCUAAACAGUUUUUCAAGUUCACAAAUCCGCCCAAUACCUUUAACCGACUACAGUUUGCAGAGAUUGGAACAGACUGGGAUGCCAAAGAAAGGAUAUUCCGAAACUUUGGGAAUCUAAUGGGUCCCUUGGACGAGCCCGUGGGAAUGCAAAAGUGGGGCAAAGGGUCAAACGUCACUGUGACCGUGGUGUGGAUUGACCCCACCAAUGUCAUCGCUGCUACCUACGACAUCCUGAUCGACUCCAGCGCCGAGUACACUCACUACAGGCCUCCACUGAAUCUGCCCCUGCGGCCGGGCAUGUGGACCGUACGUGUGCUUCACCACUGGAGCCCCGUGGCAGAAACACGCUUCCUAAUCACCCCCCUUACUCACCACAAACACCUGCCAAUACACCAAGAGGAUGCUUUGAGAAUGCACAACGGGCCCACCAAGAACAGCUACAUGGAGCAGAGUUUCCAUGGCCUCAACCCCAUCCUGAACAUCCCCGUCCAUCUGGGCCAGGUAGAGGCAGCGGAGCUCAACGCUGGUCUUACGGGGCCUGAGUUGGAGCUCUGGGUGGACAGUCUGGUGGGCGAGGUGUGGUCGGCUGUGGACGUGUGUGCAAUUGGCCUCAGUGGCUGUCCAGUCAUGCAGACAUGCAGGGAAACGGCAUGGAGCUCUCUCAGCCCGGAUCCAAAAUCUCAGUUGGGCCCACCCAGAGCCAACGGGCGAAUCAGGUAGCAGCGUUCGCUGCCCUGAGGACUGUCCUUUUAUAGGUCAUUUUUUAUUUAUUUUCCAGUGUCGCUCAUGUGAACAGGAGCAGAAUGCCGCCUUAUUAUGCUCUCAAAUGCAAAAUACACAUGAAAGCAGAUGCUGGGAAGAUUAUUUGAAAGAUUUGAAAUGCGCGCCAGCUGGUUAUCUUAAACUCUUGAGUGCUCUAGUGAUGUGAGUGCUGUCAGUCAUCUUUCAACUUUAUUUAUUUUGAUUACUGUGAUUGAAUCUUUGUUGACUGGAUGCUGGAAUAGUGUAUAAAGCAUAGAAAGGACUUGAACACUGGUUGUAAGACCAAAAGACAUGUUUGUAUAGCCUCGAUAUUUAAACACACUUUUAUUUAUAGGAUCAGUGUUUUUCAACUUAUACUUUAUUAAAAUCCUUAUGUAUGAUUGUAAAAUGGCCCCCAAAUAUAAUUUGGGCACUAAAGACACACAAAAAAAGCAUUUGUUUCAACAAAAUAUCAAAACAAGUGGCAUUUAUUUUAAAGAAGACAGAAAACACAGUAUUUGAGUAGUUUCUGGUUGUAAAUUAUAAACUGUAAAUGUAAAAAUGUACACGUGUGUUCACUCUGCCAGGACCAUGAACCCAAAAAGAUCUUAAAGGGAUAGUUCACCCAAAAAUGAAAAUUCUGUCUAAAUGUACUCACCAUUGAGUUGUUUCAAAUCUGUAUAAAUGUUACAAUGAACACAGAGGAAGAAAUUUGGACAAUAUUUGUUACCAAACCCCACCGUUGACUACCAUAGUAGGAAAAAUGACAAUUGUAGUCAAAAGUGCCUCAGAACUUUUUGCUUUCCUACAUUCUUCAAAAUAUCUUCUUUGUGUUCAACACAACAGAGAAAUGUGUAGAGAUUUGGAACAACUCAAGGGUGAGUAAAUGAAGAACUUUUCCUCUGUUUAACUGUGCAACAUAUAUUUUAGGUUCUUUUGAGGGUCUAGCAUCAUUUGAUUUUUUUUUUUUUUUCAAUCCUUUAAAUGGCUUUUUAAAUGUGACCUUAUUGUACAGAAGUGUCCAAAAGUUUUUGGGUCCACUUUAUUUAACUGUCACCAACCCAACAUUGCAGAAAUCUGUAGUUUUGAGAGAAAUACUUCUCGUUCAAAUCUCAAGUCUCAAUCGACUGAAUUCAGUCAACUAGGCAGAAGUCUGAUUUUCAUUCUUUUUAAUAAGUUAUUGGUUGAAAAACACUUGUCUUGAAUGAAUUUUGAGCUUUUAAGAUGUAGAGUUCUGGGCCACAUACGAGUCUAGGGAAGAAGUGGCAGACUGCUGACGUUGUCCCAUGUGAGCUGUGCUAGAGCUCUGACUUCUGUCUCUGUGCUGUUCCCUUCAGGCUGCCCAAACUUAGAAGGUGCCAGCUGUGCUGGCACACCAAGAAAAAAGUAAUUUCUCCACUUUUUUAUUGUAUCAUUUUUUUUGUCGUUUUUUUGCUUAAACAGAGGUACUGGGUAGCUGAGGGGUGUAAGAUGGCUAUUUAUUCAUGUGUUUAUAUAAAUGAAAUAGAUAUUUUUUUAGUCAAUGACUAAUGUCUAUAUGCUGUUUUUUGCAGCUCGUUCAAUACCUUUUGUAAACAAGCUGCCUUUAUUUACAAAGGCAAUUAUCCCAACCAUAUAUCUGUAAAAACACCCGUUCCGCCCCACCACCUGAGAUCCACCUGUCCAUGUCAAAAACGCUGAGCUCACUGGGAAACUAACUGGUUGAAUGACCUUAAAUCACCUCAAAAACUGAGAUUAAGGUCAUGCUGCUUGUAAUAUUUCAUUCUGGUCUUUUUUAUAUGAGCCAAUGUUUGGUACUUUCGCCAUGUGUUGCUUAAAUCUUUUAACGAAUCAGCCGGACCGGUUGGUAGCAUCCACACAAUGUCACUGGAAUGGCUUCAAAAUGUUGCCUGGAAGAGGUCCCAACUGCUCUCCAUUGCACGUAUGCCAUUUAGAUUUCACAUUUUCCAAACUGGGCUGUCCGGAUUACUCGCAUCCAAAAUAAUGAUAUGCUAGUCGUUCAGAUGUAUUUUUAGCGGCGAACAUUGCACGCUUGCCCGGACUCUGAAGUUUGCAUUGGACCAACAUUUAUCCGUUUUUGAAGAGCCUUUAUGUUUUUUUACAUUGAAACUAGUGUGGCUUGUUGCACUCUAUCAUUUAAGGGACAGAUCUCUUCGGGGAGAAGCCUGGCCUUGUCAUUACUUUGUAUGCAUUUAGAUUGUUAUCUGGUCUUCAGAGAGUGAAGUGUGGUCGUGUGAUCCGAUGGAGACUGUGACUUUAGAUUUUUAAUAACGCGCUUUUUUCAUCCAUACAUUCCCGGCUGGUGUAAAAUGGGAAUGCGUUGUUAGUACAGUUUUUAAAAGCGCGUCUAAUGCUUGUCUACGUGGUGUUACAUCUGUACUGUACAUGUUUGAAAGUGCAAAUGAUUUGAUAUUCUUAAAAAAAAAGAGAAAUUAUAUAUAGUUAUUAUGUCUUGAGAUUUUGGCUUAAGAUUUAGCCUUUGGAUAAAUUAAAUCUAUGAUACCUUGAGAAAUUUUCAACACUCAAAGGUGAAGUGUGUAGUUUUCUCGAUCAUUUUCUCCUUUCUCAGUUUAAUAUAUAGGGACAGAUGAAAGAAAGCCAUUCUUAGGUCGACGUCCCAAAGACGUUUUUGUUACACACUUCACCUUUAAGAAAAUCACAGCAGUAGGCGGAUCUAACCUCACGAUUAAAGGAACAUACCUCCUCUUUUCACAGUGUCAAGUGUCUGUUCAACCAUUCACAUUGAAAAGAUAUUUAUAAUAUCAUCGGUCAAACAUCUCUUAUGUACAAUAAUUAUUUUGGUAGGAAUGACAAUGUCUCAAAGUAUUGUAAAUAAUCUUACGUUUAAAAAGGUGUCAAAGUGAGUGAAGUCUUGGUGUGGUGUUGAGUGGCACUGUAGACAUUCUCAUGUGAAAAUGCGGAGGGUCUGUGAAGGGCUGUGCUGGGAUGAGUGUGUGGUUUUAGCUCUAAAUGAACAUUUUUGCCUUUCAGAGAAUCUUGUGCCAGAUCGCCAUUCUCUGUGCUGGAAUGUUUUGUUGAGCAAAUGUUGCACAAUUUAUUUAAACCCCUUGAGCUCUUCCGUUGAAGGGGACCUCUGUGCCUUAGGUGUUGUCCUGUCUAAAGGAUUUCCAACCUUCUGUAUGUAAACAUCAAAAGUGUCAUCUCUGUCUUUGAUUUCUCCACCAAACCAAAAACUGCUGUUGUAAAUGCCUUGUGUAUCAAUGUUGUUUUGGUUUUGUUUUUCUUCAUA